AUGCCAGUUGGGAGGCCCAAAGUGCCGAAAGCUGGCAGAUCACGCACGGCGGGUCGCCUGGAUUCACCCAGAAAGCCGAACUACAGAGCCAUAUUGGAACAACAUGAGGCCGCUGGCCGCACAUCCAGAAUCUACGCCGCAAAUUCUCAGAAAAGUGUGGGGACGGUCCGGCGGAAAGUUCAACGCUUCUGCUAUGCCGAACUGAAGACUACGGAAGAGGAAUUCCUUGAGAAUCUGACGGCGGGCCGAGUCAAGACAUAUUUUGACUGGGUCGAGGACACCCACCGGAACAGCAUCAAGGCAGCAUCGGCCUUUGACUCUUACUGGCGGGUCCUGAAGAUCCUGUAUGUGGAGCGCACUGGCCAUGGCAUGGACAGUGGGAUGGAACAGGAUUGUCUGAACUAUAAGAACGUCGUGAUCAAGAGAUGGGGUCUCCGGCGACGGCGGAGGAGGGGCACGUCUGGCACCAAGGACGAUGUGUACCGCAUCCUCCACGCCCAUUGGACACGGUGUACGAAGGCGUAUGCCGAUGAGAAGCAGCGACUCUACGUUGCUGCAGGUAUCCUCUUGUCCUUCAUCUCCGGUGCCAGGCUGGUCUCGCUGUUCGACACCCGGAUCAAAACCGGUGAUGCGGAAGCCGGAGACGGACAGUCAAAGGGAGUAUCGCACACAGCGAGCAGGGGCUCAAAGAACAGGACCAACCGUCGGCGUCACCGUCCCCGAGCCACAGGGCCCACCCCCGAUCGCUACCCAACGGCGGGAUCCGGGAUCGGCCAGCACGGGAACAGACCCAUAGCACUAGAGAAACGCAAGUGGGCUCUUUCCGACGAUGACGAGGAAUAUCGCGACACAAAGAAGGCACGAAUCAUGGCUCCCCGAAAAAGCUGUCGCUCCGCCCGAGAAGAAGCGUCCUGCGGCAAAUACGGGAUGCGCGGUGAAGACGUUAUGUACGAUCCCCUGGAUAGCGACAUGGAUAGUCAUAUGAGCAAUGAUACGGACUCUGACUCAGGGUAUGUUGAUGAAGAGAGUGACAGCACUAGCGGCAGCUCCGAGGAACCCCUGUUUGGCGAGCUCGUGCGAGAAAACGAUACCGACACCGAGUCGAGUGCAGAGUCAGUGGAGAGCGGCUGCACCAGCGAUACGUCCGCCGACAAUGACAUCAGUGAACUUGACCGCUUCAUAGAGGACGUGACGGACGACGAGAAAACAUUCAUCAGCCAUAAUCCGGAGCCGCUCCUGGAUCUUCUGGGGCACUUUCUCUCCAUGGCAAUAGAUGACGAGAUCUUCGCGCCCGAAUUCGAGAAGCUCGAAGACAUCUACUGGUAUCCCAUCCCGUCCUACCUAGGCGGUAUGAGCCUAAAGAUCAAGGCAGAGAUGCUGGACGUGCCGGUGUUCCGCCAGCCGGAACGCACGGGCGAUGGGUAUCGAACAUCAGAGAAGACGCCGCUCAAAGGAUCUACAUGGAGCGGCUACCUCAGACACCUUCGCCUGGUGGCUGGGUUCAAAUAUAGUCUGACCCAGUAUGUCUGGCGACGCUCUCUCAUCAACGCCAUCAACAACAAAGCUCCGUCCUCCGUUCGGGAUCAAGUAGCCGAUCACGAAUCCAAUGCGGUACGGUACUAUCUGGACACGGUCAUCCGCUUCGAUCUGGAAGCCGCGGCCAUGGAGCUUCCGUCCAACGAUGUGGUCCAGAAAGCAGCCCAUGGGCUGUUCUUGAACGCCGACGCCACUGCCCCGACGGAACUUACCGACGAGUUGAAAAGAAAGAUCACCGAGAAUCCAAAGAUCAUAGAGCUUACCGAGCGUAGUAAAGAGCUGACCCGGAAGCUGAGGGCGAUGGGAUUCCGUUCCGUGCCGGCAGCGCGGGGCAAAACUCCACUGUACGAAGAGAAGAUGAAGGUGGUUUCCCGGCUGAACCGCAGCAAAGUUUACCUUCACUCCAAGCUUAUUGAGCGGCAGAGGCGGUGGCACUUCCGGCAUGCUGAUACGGAGCGAUUCAACCAGCGACUCCGCAACGGCGCGGGCGGUGGGUCUCUGGAUGAGUGUCCGGCCCCGCCACCACUUCAGAUCUCAGAACGGAGACGGGUCGUCGAACUGACGUGCGCUGGCACUCAGGAACUGACUGAGGAUGAGCAGUUCGCGCGCCGGUGUGCGUGCAUCAUCGUUUGGUUCAAGCUGCAGCGUCGGAAGGAGGUUCAGCGUCGGGGCCGUCACAAGAAACACCAGCCGUCCCAGCGAGAUUUCCAACCUGACCCGCCCCUAGACACCGUGCGGGCGAAAGAAUCCAUUCCGGCGAAGCUGGGCGAAAAGCAGUGCCCAUUCUGCGUCGCUGAUACCUCGUUGCCUUGGGGGGAGCGGAUGAAGGUCCGGGAGCGCACGAACAAGUUCUGGAACCAUAUCGAGAGCGUCCACCGCGAGGAGCUGAAAGCGUACUCCACCGGACAAAAGCACUGCGGGAUCUGCAAAGUACAGGGUGUCACCUUCACUCCACCAUCCAUCAUGGAAUUCAAGAGUCAUACUCUGAGCGUACACGGCCCCCGUCUGCGCGCAUGA